UCAACAGCUUCUUGACGAACACCACCUAAAAAGUGUGAUAACCAGAUCAAGCUUGGCUGCGUCAGAAAUCAAACAUUAUCGCACCAGUGGAAAACUCUUACAAUGGUACAAGAUAGUUUCCUGCUAAGGCUUACAUCUAGCCUUACAUUAGUAGUCGUUAUCCUCAUCGGCGUACUCACACCAUUCCGUUCCGCGGACGCGUAUUUCAUAACUUCGCCGGUGGCGAAUGACUUUUGGUAUUUCGGGAGCAAGAAGGUGUUAAGAUGGUCAAGUGUCAGUACUGAUCCCGUACGUUUCUCAGUUGCAAUAACAAACCACGAUCCCAGUACCUACCCCUCGGCGCUGAGCACGCUGGUCGCAAAAGGUAUACGCAAAAAAUGGGGCAAAUAUGAAUUACCUGCUUCGGCCUUAAAAGGACUCAAGGAAGGCAGGGGUUACCAAAUCAAUAUCAUGAGUCUAGAAGGCGGUGCCAUCCUUGCACAAAGUCCUAUUUUUACAAUUUCGCGCGUGGAUGAUGAAAGCGGCGAGGACGAAGAAGAUGACGAUGAGGACGAGGUGAUCGAUUAUGCGGAUCAGCAAGAGGAAGUCCCCACCACGGGCACUGACCAGCCACACGAUGCCCACAAGGCAAACAAGGGGAAAGACGACAAAGAUAGAUAUAAACGACUUGGAAAACUUCAUCAGAAAAUCCAUAGGCAUAAAAAAGCAAAGUCCUACCGCUCCCGCAAAGAGUUUCAGCUCGCCAAGAGCAAAUCGAACGCCCUUUACAAGUCGAUCCCAAAAUUUGAUCACUCUAGAAGCGCUUGUUCGCGCAGCCCACGUAACCCUAAGAUUGCAAAGAUUGUUUAGGACUUGAGUCCAUACAUAUAUCCUCAACUUUAAUGGCCCAAAAGGCGCAAUUUGUUUGUUCCACAGUCACAUUCAUAAUAGCCUAAUCUUUCCAACUUUUUUCAUCUCCUCAACCCUCCUCAAUGAUCGUAAUGUCUAGUGCUAUGAUUGUAAACGAAAGAAGAGCCCCUGCGGGCUCGAGUCCAGAAACCACCCAUUUAUGCACUUAUUCUAGUUCAUGGCUUUGUACAGCAGUGUGGAAGUUGAGG